AUGGCUCACCCUAAAGCGCCUUUCCCUGCUGCAAAACAGCGGCCAGCAAGCGUGGCGGGCAGCUCAGGGUCAGGAAGCAGGAAGCCAGGGAUGAGAAGAGGAGCAGAGAAGGUCGAGAUCGGCACUUCACACUACACAGAGAGGGAGCAUAACGUCGAAGCCGCAGGAAGCCUGACCAACUCCAUCCGAUGGGGAGACUUCAUAGUGAUCGAGUGUCGCAUGCUUGAUGGAAGCCCGGUGACGGUGCGGGGGCAGCACCCGCAAGCACGACGGGAAUCGCACGUGCGGUUUGUGCUGAAGAAGAUGGGGUGGGACACGAUGAGCGCGGUGAUCGCUAUCUGUUCGAGCAUGAGAGCAUGCGGGGUCAGAGUGUCGCCCUCACAGCUCUCGUACGCUGGGGUCAAGGACAAGAACGCCCUUACGUUCCAGGAGGUGACGCUGGAGGGAGUGAAGAAGGAGGAGGUCGAGAGAUCGGCCGGUCGUCUUGAGCAUGGACUGAAUAUGAGCAACAUCGAGUAUUGCGACGAGCCCAUUGCUCUUGGUCAACUUCACGGGAACUUGUUCCAUGUUGUGAUCAGAAAU